UAUGGGCAUUAUAUUGAUUAAAUAACAGCAGCCGACAUAUGCUGCGUUCUCGAUUUUGGUUGGUGGAUAUCGAUCUGACGCUAGCUUCACACUCAUACGAUUUAUCACCGACUUACGUGCUUGUGAAUAUCAAAUUAGAUAUAUACCAAACAGUUGUGUUAUUUCGCUUUAACGCUGACUAACUCCGUUUUAACUAAGCAAUGUCCCAUCAAACUGGAAUUAAGGCUAAUGAUGCAUUAAAGAAGUUCUUUUCUAAAUGCAAGGAUGGCAAGAUCAGACUGUUUAAGGUGGCUAUAGAAGAAGAGCAACUAGUCCUCAAAGACCACCACAAUGAAAAACACAAAUGGGAAAAAGACUAUGACAAAUACGUAGCAGCACUUGUAGAAGAAAAUCAACCAUGUUACAUAUUGUUCAGGUUGGAUGAAAAGAAUUCGCUUGGCUAUGAAUGGCUUCUUAUAAGUUGGUGUCCUGACACAUCUCCGAUUCGUCAAAAAAUGCUUUAUGCUUCUACAAAAGCCACUUUAAAACAAGAGUUUGGAUCAUCUCAAAUUAAAGAUGAACUACAUGGGACUGUCUUAUCGGAUAUAACCCUUGAGGGCUAUAAAAGGCACAAAAAAAGUGUAGCAGCUCCUGCUCCUUUAUCUAUGAGGGAAGAAGAACUUCAAGAAAUAAAAAAAACUGAAGUUAAUACUGACAUUAGUAUUAGUACAAAACAACAAACCCUUAGUGGAGUGGAAUUUCCAUUAACGCAGACUGCCACUCAAGCUAUUGAAGAUAUGAUUCGAGGGUCUUAUGAUUAUUUGCAGUUUAGAAUAGAUAUUCCUAAAGAAACAAUUCAUUUGGUCUGUGCUGAAAAUAUUUCAUUGCAAAAAUUACCAUCUAAAAUUCCUUCUGAUGCUGCAAGAUAUCAUUUAUAUAAGUUCAAGCAUACCCAUGAAGGAGAUUAUAAUGAAAGCAUGGUGUUUAUUUACUCAAUGCCAGGAUAUAAUUUAACUGUAAAAGAGAGAAUGUUGUAUUCCAGUUGUAAAAAUCCACUUACCAACUCCAUUGCAAAUUUAGGAUUAGACAUUACCAAAAAGAUUGAAAUUGAUUCAGGAUCUGAAUUAACUGAGCAGUUUUUGUAUGAGGAACUUCAUCCAACAAACAGCUUGCAUCGUCCAAAGUUUGCUAAGCCUAAAGGACCUCCUGGAAGAGGGCCUAAACGAAUGACUAAGAAUCAAUAAGUUUUUUCAAAAAGGCCUUUUUUUAAUGCCAAGUUUCUCUCAUUUUUUUUUCAAUUGCAUAUAUGGUGCUAAUGUGUGUUUAGUCAGUGCCAAAUAGGGCAUACAAAACAACUAAUACUUGCCAGUGAUACUUGAAACGAAUAAGGUGGAUCAUGUUUGUUUUUUUUUUGGAAAUUGGAAUUGUUUAGUGUCGACCAGGCUCAGGUGUUUUAUGUCUCCAUUGCUGCAUUUUGUAAAUUGUAUUUUUAUUGAAAAAAAAAACAUUUAUUGCUUUGUUUCUUCUGUCUAGCAAAUAUUGGCGGGUAAUUUAUUAUUACAUUUAUAUGUAGACAUUUAAGAUUAGGAUAAGUAUACUUUAUAAUAUGCUCAAGUGUUUAUGAAACUUAUUAUCUUGCUGUUGUAGCUUUAUAUUUUUUAUAUGGUAAUUGUGUUUAGUAUCUGCCUAGUGAAGUUACUAUUUAUAGUUUAAAGAUCAAAUUGUUUAUUGCUGGUGAUUUUUUUUUAAUUAAAAAAAAAAAGGUGUAUUUUUUAAAUGAAAAAUUAUACUUUAUAGCUUAA